AUGCUUCGGAUCAAGCAGGAGAAGAAGAAGAAGAGCCCUGCUAAAAAUGCGGCGUGUAGAAGCCAGACUCUGGUCCUCACGGCGCCCGCUUGCACCGAGGCCGGAUGUGAUGCGCCGUCACGUGAGAGCGAAGGCAACGACGAGAAGGAGAAGAAGAGCAUCCCGCCUGCCGGUGAUGCGGAGAUGAAGCGAGGGGAUACCUUCAAAGAGAUUAUCGCCGCGUGGGAACAGCAGCGUGCCCAAGAAUCGAGAGAGCCCAAGAGCCCAGAAAAUCCUGCCCCCUCGGCGCUACCAGAGCUGGCCCCGCCAGACAUGCCUGCAUCGGAUUUCCCGAGGUUCGCCGAGGCAGUCGUCGCGGCGCUCAAUUCGAACAUAGACAGGUACAAGAAGCUGGUCGCGGAUAAUAAGAGGCUGAAGUCGGAGGUGGGGGACCUGCGGUGCCUUGUGGAUCGGAUGGUCAAGGCCGGUCAGGAAGUGGCGGAUGAGGGCGACCGCUGCGUGGCGGAGAAGACGGCCGAGUGCGAAAACUGGAAGGAGAAGUACGAGAGCGAGAGGUGGGCCAGCCGAAAAGGGGACUUGCUGUGUGAGGAGCAAAGGAGAAAAAUCCUGCAGCUGGAAGACGCAAGGCACGGCUUGGAGACCCGUGCAACAACGGCAGAAAACUUGGUAGGAUCGUUGACCGAAGAGCUCACCGAGCUGAAGCAGCAGUUCGACGCCCCCAGGAUCGAUUGGGCUACUCAUUUUGCAGACCUCUUGAUGACUCGCGAUGAACUCCUAGAACAGAAGAGUAAAACAGAGCAAGAGCUGCGGCAUAAAACCGAGGAAGUAGAGUGGCUAUGCGAGCAGGUGGAUGAGAAGGAAGACGAGCUGCACGCCGCGGAGUAUGAGCUCCUGGAAUACCAGGUCUGGGUCGACGAGCUGGAAAGUCAGGAUUGUGACAGAGCCGAGAGCAUCGCAAAGCUGAAAGACCAACUUUCGCAAGCGGAAAAGAGAUGUCAGGCGCUGACUGAGGAGAACGCCCAGUUCCGAGCAUUCUCGCCAGCUGCCGAGACGGAGAAGAAGCUGGCGAUCGCGAAGACGACCAUUAAGAUGCUGCAGGAGAUGCAGAAGGAGGCAUUGACGAGAGCGAAGACUUUGGAGGAAGAGGCCAAAGACGCGAAGACUAAGAUCAAGGACCUUGAGUAUCAGUUGGACCUCAAAGCACCACUGGUAGAAGUUGGAGCUGCUAUUCGGAAGCGAUUCAUGGAGUUGUCUCGACGAGACAAUCUUGGCUAUCAGGGCAAGCUUAACCGAGACAUCAUCGAAAAGGGUAACGCCGCCGCGCAUGGCGAUCACCCUGCUGCGGAUGCGGCUGUCUUUGGGGCAGGACUAUGGGACCACAGGAAGGGGAAGGGCAUCUUUCACGCCAACUAUGGAAUGAAACUUGAUGAUUAUUUCACUGCAAAUAUUGACAUUGAGUCGAUGAAAGACAAGUUGUUGGAAUUGAGGAAGAUGAAAUCAGGGAGACGGUCCAGACCUCAGAGACAGUGGAUUGAGCUUCUGGGCAAAGCUCUGGUGAACAUUGGAGACAAGAAGAGCCGAGGGAGCUAUGACCAGGAUGCCGUUUAUGUGGCGUUAAUGCAUCGGUUCCUGGCCCUGGCCAAGGAGAUCAGAAAAAUAGAUUCGGAGGAGGAAGAUGAAGAGAAGCUCCCGUAUACUGCGAAGGGGAAAACGGGUUUGACAUUUAGAGAGCAAGUCUGCAUUCGACCUGAAGGGGAGCUUUGGCAUGCCCAAUAUGCGGUUUGGAGUAUUCAAUACACCUACAAAGAGGAGGCUGUACCAAUAGACUGGGGCUACGACGACGACGACGACGACGACGAGGACGAGGACGACGAUGACGAGGACGACGAGGAAGACGAGGACGACGAGGACCCUGCUUUUCGGAGGCACGGAAUUACCUAUAGGGACGUGGCUAACCCAUGGAAGCUGCCAAGAAUCGAUCGUAGCGCAGAGGAAACCGAUGGGGAUGAAUUGCUAAGCCUGGAGUGGCCUGAACUUUGA